UGUGUGUACAUUUCACACUCUCACAGUCUCACUUUGCUCUCUCUCUCUCUCUGCUCUCCGACUUUCUCUGUGUAAGCAAAAGCAUAAAAAUUUCUGGUUUUUAAGUUGUGUGUGUGUGUGUUGUUAGUUACAAAUAUGGAGGGUGCAGCUAGAGAACACGUUGAAGAGAUACGUAGAAAAAAGUUCUCCAUUGGAGGGGAACAGAACCCAUUAACUGAGGAUCUUCAUCAAGCUGUCAAGAACCUCUCUGCUGAGCUUUAUGCCAAGGAUGUACAUUUUCUAAUGGAACUCAUUCAGAAUGCUGAAGAUAAUGAUUACUUGGAGGGAGUGGAUCCAUCUCUUGAGUUUGUCAUAACUUCUGAGGACAUUACAAACACAGGGGCCCCAACAACAUUGCUGAUUUUCAACAAUGAGAAAGGUUUCUCAUCGAAAAACAUUGACUCUAUUUGCAGUGUUGGUCGGUCCACUAAGAAAGGAAACAGGAAACGUGGUUAUAUUGGAGAGAAAGGAAUUGGAUUUAAGAGUGUCUUUCUGGUUAGUUCUCAACCAUACAUAUUCAGCAAUGGAUAUCAGAUACGAUUCAAUGAAGAGCCUUGCCCACAUUGCAAUCUCGGGUACAUAGUUCCUGAAUGGGUUGAGGAGAACCCAACACUUUCUGACAUCAAAAAAAUAUAUGGUUCUGGGACUACUCUUCCAACAACAACAAUAGUUUUACCUCUGAAGUUCGAUAAGGUCAAACCUGUGAAACAACAGCUCUCAAAUGUUCAUCCUGAAGUUCUAUUGUUCCUAUCAAAGAUUAGGCGGCUUUCAGUAAGGGAACAUAACAGCGAUCCCAGGCUCAAUACUGUAAGUGCAAUCGCAAUUACAAGUGAGACUGAAUUGGUGGUGAGGAAGAACAUUGAUGCUGUGUCCUACACAAUCCAUCUCUCUGCUGAUGAAAAUGGUAAGGAGUCUGAGGGAGAAUGCAGGUACUUUAUGUGGAGGCAAAAGUUUCCUGUCAGGCAGGAAAACAAAGUGGAAAGGAGAACGGAAGUUGAAGAGUUGGUGAUCACAUUGGCUUUUCCUUUUGAAGAGCGCCUCCAUAGGGGAAUGAGCUCACCUGGGAUCUAUGCAUUUCUUCCCACAGAGAUGUUUACCAACUUUCCCUUCAUAAUUCAGGCAGAUUUUCUUCUUGCCUCAUCAAGGGAAACAAUUCUCUUAGACAACAAGUGGAACCAAGGGAUUCUUGACUGCGUGCCCUCUGCUUUUAUCAAUGCGUUUGUUUCACUAGUUAAAAAUACUGAAAAUGCUCCAGUGUCUAGUUUAGCUUCCAUGUUCAGGUUCAUUCCCAUCGACAGCUCAUCUUAUCAAACGUUGAAUGUUGUCAGGGAGUCGAUCAAAUCAAAGCUUCUUGAAGAAAGUAUUCUUCCAAGUGAGUCUUACACACCGCAGAAGAUCUUUCACAAACCUCAUGAAGUUGGUAGGCUUAUGCCUGCUUUUUGGACCAUUCUGGAGAAGGCAAGGGAGCAAAAGGUGAGCUUGUUUCAUCUUUCAUCACAUGGAAAGUACAUUUUGAGCUCCUCAUUUGAUAAAGCAGAAUAUGAUAACAUAUUGAAUUUCUUGGGUGUGGAACUAGUCAACAACGAAUGGUACGCAAAGUGCAUUCAAAGUUCUAAACUUGUUGAAGGAGUGUCAGAGGACGUGUACUUGGAGCUUUUGCUAUUUGUUGCGGAUAACUGGGGGUCCAAAUUUGACUCUACCGACAUCAAGUACAUACAACUAAUAAAAUAUGUGGGUCUUUAUGGCGAUGUGUCUUUGUGUAGCAUAAAUGAAUCCAUGCAUUUCAAUCGUGACAGAGUGGUGUCCUUAUCUCGUCAUCCUGAUCAUAUCUCAUGGCUGAUUGAUUGGAACAAGGAAUUCAAAUGUCCAGCCAAUUACUUUUUUUGGCCGAAAAGCACACAAGAAGCUAUCCAGUUCUUCUCUAAGAGGGAGACGGUGUUGGAGUGGCUACGAGAUCAUGUGAAGGUUGGUGCUAUGAGCGUCUAUGAAUAUGCACUUCACCUUAACAAUUAUCUCAAUAGUUGCCAGAAGCGUGCUAUUACCUUUGUUCACUUCUUAUACCACUCGCUUCAAAAGUCUUUUCUUUCCCAUCAUGAGGUUGGUAUUUUAUGUAAUUCUAUGCCACUUGUGGAUAACUAUGGAAAUUUACAGAGACACAGGACAGGGGUUCUUGUCCCUGCCAAUGGAAGCAAAUGGGUGGGAUUGAUUGGUUCAAAUCCAUGGACAAAUGAAGGCUACGUUGAGUUAGCAGAAGACUACUUGCGACCAGGCUAUUUUGCCGGUGAAUAUGCCUCUGGAGAAAGAUUCUUGGAGUUCCUUAAAACUCAUGUUGUAGCGUCUGAUAUCCCUUACAUAUCUCCUCCUAAUGCUGUAAUUCCUACUGUAUCAUCACCACUCACCAAGCAAAAUGCAUUCUUGCUGUUGGAUUGGAUUCGGAAUCUGAAACUUAGAGAAAUUUACAUUCCCGUGAAUUUCUUGAAAUGCAUAAAGGAAGGUAGCUGGCUGAAAAUUACUACCAGUGGCUGUCCUGGUUACCGGCCACCUUCAGAGUCAUUCAUGCUUACCUCUUCAUUGGGUAACAUUUUGCAGAACGGAUCCGUGCUUGUUGAUAUUCCGUUGAUUGAUCUAAGUUUUUAUGGUGAUGAAAUAAGUGUGUAUAAGGAGGAGCUGAAGAAAAUUGGUGUCAUGUCUGAGUAUGGAGAAGCAUGUGAAUUUAUUGGAAAGCGUCUUAUGUCGUUCACAGAAUACUCCACUUUAAGUAGAGACCAAGUGCUGUCUAUACUAAAUUUCAUCAGAUUUUUGAGGGAAAAGUUUCUUCCCCAGGAUGAGUUCAUCAACAGUAUCAAGAAUAAGAGAUGGCUAAGGACAUGCUGUGGUGACAGGUCUCCAGUUGAAUCUGUUUUGUUUGAUGAGGAAUGGAAAACUGCGUCACAAAUCAGUAACAUCCCCUUCAUCGAUCAAGAUUACUUUGGAGAGGAAAUCCUUUCUUUGAGAGAGGAACUCAAGUCGCUUGGUGUGGUAAUUGGUUUCAAUGAUCGUUAUCAGCUCGUUGUAGACAACUUCAAAUUACCUUCAAGCUCAUCUCUGAAACCUGAGGCUGUUCUUUUGAUACUUGAAUGUAUGCGAAGUCUAGGAUCAUCGAACAAACUUGUUCAGGCAUUGAGAGGUGUGAAAUGCUUUAAGACGAAUCUUGGUUACAAGCCUCCAGGAGAAUGUUUCUUGUUUGACCCUAAAUGGGUUUGCAUUCUACAGGUUUUUGAAGGUUUUGCAUUGAUUGAUCAUGAUUUCUAUGGAAGCAGUAUCUUCUCUUACAGAAACGAGUUGAAGCAAACUGGGGUGAAGGUGGAUUUUGAGGUGGCGGUAAAAGAAUUUGCUGACAAAUUCAAGCGGGAGGCAUCUUCCAUGACUAACGAACUUGUUCUCUCUUUUCUUUCAUGUCAUAGGGAGCUAAAAGAUAAUGCGUAUGUGUUUCCUCCAGAUCUUUGGAAAAAUAUCCGUGACCUUAAGUGGUUGCAGACUAGGCGUGGUGAUAAGAGAUCUCCAAGAGAUUGCAUUCUGUUUGGGCCAGAUUGGCAGUCAAUUUUACCAAUUACUCAUGACCUCCCUUUCUUAGAUGAUAGUGACAACUGUUAUGGCAAGGACAUUCAUAAAUACAAGGAAGAGCUGAAGAGCAUGGGAGUUGUUGUUGAAUUUAAAGAUGGUGCGAAGUUUGUUGCAGCUGGUCUUCACUUUCCCUAUAAUCCUGCUCUGAUAACUGCUGAAAAUGUGUUCUCAUUGCUGGGAUGCAUACGGAUUUUAACCCAAGGAGUGAAUUACUCCUUUCCAGAUCUUUUCCUAAAUCAAAAUUCUCGGAAAUGGUUGAAGACCACUAAAGGUUAUAGGCCUCCAGAAAAGUGCUUAUUGUUCGAUCCUAGGUGGGGCUCUUAUUUGGAGCGGACAGAUGGACCUUUUAUUGAUGAAGAUUUUUAUGGUUCUAAUAUUACACUGUACAAAGAAGAGCUCAAGGCAAUAGGAGUCACCCUUGAUGUUGAAGACGGAUGUUCAUUGAUUGCCAGGCACCUUGAACUCCAUUUCCAUUUCCCUACUAUAGUUCGAAUAUAUAAUUACUUGAGUGUAUGUAAUUGGGAGAAUGACAGUGAACUUACAAAAGGGAUAUGGAUCCCAUAUGGAAAUAAGAAAGGAGAGUGGGUCAGCCCCUGUGAAUGUGUUCUGCAUGACAAGGAUGGUCUCUUCAGUUUGCAGCUGAAAGUUCUUGACAAAUAUUAUGAGCAAAAUUUACUUAACUUCUUCUCACGUGCUUUCCAUGUUAAAUGCAAUCCUUCAGUUUCCGAUUACUGUAAGCUUUGGGAGGCUUGGGAAAUUUCAGGACACCGAUUGUCAAAUGAUGACUGUCUUAAGUUCUGGGGGUAUGUUUUGAAGCACUGGGGUGAAAAGACUGAGAAAACUAUCACUGAGAAGCUGGUGAAAUUGCCGGUUGCUUCUGGCUCAGAUGAAGUUUUGCUGUUCAACAAGCAUGAUGUUUUUAUUGCUGAUGAUCUUCAGCUGAAAGAUCUCUUCAAUCGGUUUUCUGCUCAAUCUCUAUUUGUCUGGUACCCUCAGCCAAGCAAGCCUUCUUUACCUCAGAUGAAGUUGUUUGAUAUUUACAGGAAGAUUGGUGUUCGCACUAUAUCCGAGUCUGUAGAGAAGGAAGAAUCAUACACAGUGGAUGUUGCUCAACUCAAUCAGGUGAAUCCAAAGGAGAAUUUGAUUACAAAAGAUCUGGUUACACUCAUCCUUGGUUUUCUAGCAAAUCCUAUGAUGAAAAUGGAAGCUGAAAGAAGGCAUGAAAUUAUCCGAGGGCUUCUGAAUAUUACUUUCCUUGAGAUAGUUGAACCGAUAAGCGUAAAGUACAGUUUAUCACUUUCUUCAGGGGAGAUCGUGAAUGCAAGAGCAAGCCGAAUGAUAUGCUGGGAUAGAGAGUCUUCAAAGUUUUUCACACAGAAGUUGGACAGGUCUAGUGGAUAUAAGAAUCAAAUUGAAUAUGCAACAGAUUUUUCUGAAGCAAUAUCUGAGGGUGUGUUAUGGGAGAACUGUGAUCAUAUUGGUGCACUCUCUGAACUGAUCAAGCUGGCCUUCGUGCUGGAAUUUGAUGAGGAAGCAGUUAGGUUUUUAAUGGAGUCCAAGAAUUUGCAAAUAUACUUAGAGGAUGAGGAGUUCAUUGCAUCUGUCUUUCCUUCUGACUAGUUAGAUAUAUACCAUGAGCUGUUAAUAUUUGUGUUUCUUUCAUAUAUAUCUUGUGUGUUUCUUACAGUGUUUUGGGCGUAAAUGUCAAAACUCAAAAGAAUGAAUCAGUUGCUGCUAUUCUGAUUCUAAUGGUCAUUCAUAAGCUGUUAAACUUAUAUUGUCUUGUCCUAGAUUUUCCUUUCUUUGUAUUUCUAUUUUGGGGCGAUACUCUUUAAUUCUGAACUAAAUGUUAAUGUUUGGUAUUGGCAUGUAUAUAUAUUUUUGAGCCUCAAGUUUCGGCUUUUUCGA